GUUUUAUCUCGUUCAUAAGCGCAAGAAUCCAAGGGAAGCAAUGGCGGAACCGGGCGCGCCAGAUUGGACUAAUGAGUGGGGUGCACCUGUAUUUAUGCGCUACGAGCCUGGUUCUGAGCCUGUGGAAAAGUGUGACUAUCUUCCGUGCAUAAGACGACGUGAGGAUCAAGGACCGUUUCUCACGCCGGAAGAAGAGAAACGCCGCUUUAAAGAACAAGUCGAGAGUAGCAAGGGUUUUGACAUCAACUUUGAGGAGUUCCGCUGCGUUUUUAAUUACGUACCAGUUGAUUUCGAUGAAAACUACUAUUUCAAGGAUACAGACACCACCAUAGGAGUAAUAGAGAGGCUCUCUCGGCAAUCACUUGACCGAUACAAUAAAACAACGGGUAAAGGUUUUGAAUUUGUUGAGGUUAUCAAAGCCAAUACCCACCCGACCGGUACUGCUGCCGAUAUGUUUUACAUUACCUUUAGAGCUAAGGAGCCUUCAGAUGAUCAGCCAAAAGAGUUCCAAGCUAUGGUCUGCUAUUUCUGUUAUACCUCAAACAAGUACCAUUCGUGUGAACUGAAACCUGAGAAAAAAGUUCACUCCAUUGAACCGGCUGAGAAAGAAGAUGCCAAGAAAGUCAGGCCGAGAGAGGAGCUAUCUGCUGCCUAAUUAUAGAUGGUGGUGAGACGAUAAUAGUCCGAGUCUAGCUAUGUAACGAGACUUGUACAAGUUUUACCAUUUGCUUUGUUCGUUUGGUGUAGCUGAACACAAAUAAUAAACUCACUCAUAAAAGAAUGUUGAAUGAUCAUAUUUAAUUUCAUUUUCGG